AUGGAACUGUUGCAACGAGGCCAUCAUGUCAGAGCCACUGUGAGAGAUCCAUCCAAGGCUUCCUAUCUCCGUACUUUUCCCAACGCCGAAACCCAUUUGGAAAUUGCCGCCUUGGAUUUGAAUGAACGAGAAGUCCAAGUGUACCAAGCUUUGCUAAAGGGAGGUAUUGACUGGAUCUUUCAUGUGGCCGCACCCUUUGUCGAUUAUCUCCCACAAUCUGAUGCGACCAUUGACAUGGCGGUCCAGUCCAUGACAUUAUUGUUACAAGCAGCGGCGCAACAAGAGAGUGUCUCGCAAGUGGUUUACACAGGAUCUGAUGCCGCCAUGGUUUUUGGUUACUCUGACAAUCCUGUCAAGGCGGACCCCAAUUAUAUCUUUACCGAAGACGAUUGGACCAAUGUCACCUCGACCGGUGCUAUGACAGACUAUGCAAAGAUGAAAACACCCACCGAACUUGCGGCCUGGGAAUUUGUUGAGAAGAAUACUCCCAACUUUCGGUUCUCAAGUCUUCUACCCAGUUACAUCUUGGGGCCCUUGGUGUCCAAUACCGUGACUAGCUCCAAGCGAGUUGUUUAUGAAAUUAUGACCGGAACAUAUCCUGGUGCCCAUUUUAGAGCUGCCAUGCAAAAAGAGGCACCCUCCGAUAGCAGAUGGGCUAACCAGAGAAGACGGUUCUUACUCACACGAAAGAAGGGACGGGAUAUCUAUUUUCCUGAAAUUGCUGCCAUUCUCAAGGAGCAUUUCGGUCCCAUGGGGUAUCCCAUUUCUACGUGGCAUAUUCCAAAGUGGGUGUUAUGGAUUGUCUCCUUGUUUGAUAGCGAGAUGGCAGUCAUGUCCCAAACGUUGGGUGUAGGGGAAAACUAUGACAAUAUCAAAUCCAUCGAGGUCCUAGGAAUGACCUAUCGCACCAAUGCCACGGAAAUGGUUCUGGAUACGGCGCAUACUAUGAUUCAACAGGGAUUGAUACCCAAAAAAGAGGGAUAUCAAGCACAUAGUGUGUCUGGGAGCGAUGAAUAG